AUGAAAGACUUCUUCUCCAAGAAGAAAAAUCUCACUAAUAUUGAAACUAUUACACUCACAGAAGGCUGUAGUGCUAUUUUGACAAACAAGUUGCCCCUUAAAUUGAAAGAUCCUGGAAGCUUUAUCAUUCCAUGUUCGAUUAACAACCAUUAUUUCGGCAAGGCUUUAUGUGAUUUGGGAGCUAGCAUCAACCUCUUGCCAUUAUCUGCUUUCAUAAAAUUGAGAAUCGGUCACAUGAAACCUACUGCAAUGACAUUACAACUGGCAAAUCGAUCUUUAGCUCAAUCUGAAGGGCAAAUCAAAGAUGUUUUAUUUCAUGUGGAUAAGUUUACUUUUUCAGCUAAUUUUAUCAUACUUGACUGCGAGGCAGACAAGGAGGUUCUCAUAAUCUUGGGACAACUAUUUUUAGCCAUUGGUCGAACUCUCAUUGAUGUUUAUAACGGGGAACUAACCAUGCGACUUAACGAUGAGCAAGUUACCUUCAGUGUUUUCGAGUCUGUUCAUCACAAAGAUAAAGCAGAAAGCCAUAUUGUCGAUGUGCUAGAUGAUUUAAUUGAGGAAGAAUUAGAAAACCAAAGCACAGUCAUUGCUGAAGAAAUUGCAGUGACAUCUGAGGCAGCUUCCUUAGACAAUUGUGGUAGUGUGGUUGAAGCUAGUAAAGUUGAAAUCAAGCAUAGAUGGCAAAUUGAAUCCUUAGACUUAACCAACAGAACAACUCUAAUUUUCAAACCAUCAAUUGAAAAAACUCCUACUCUGGAAUUGAAACCACUGCCUCCUCAUCUCAAAUACAUUUUUUUGGGUAAUCAUAAUACUCUUCCAGUUAUUAUCUCUGCAACACUAGAUGAAACACAAGAAAAGAAAUUGACUCACAUUAUCAAGCAACACAAAUAA